AAGAUGGACGUCUCAACAGAACCAGCCCGUCGCUAUACAAGAUCUCCGCAUUGUCUAUUGUGUGGUGAAAGGUUUACACCAGAUACACACUUCCGUUCCGUCGUCUUGUCAAAAACAGAUCAGCACCCAGUUCUAACUCGGUCGAUAAGUUUUCGAGGAAAAGGGGGAAUAAUUCACCUGCAAGACCUCAAUGUUGAGAUCCAUAGCAACCCGCGUCUGAAAUCCGCAAAUGCCUUCUCCGUGCACAGUCUCUGCUGGGCGGCCCUUGUCGGUCAACCCAGCGUCCACAAACUUUAUGAUUUGGGUCGCGCCAUGACGCCACUCACUUGGACAGGACUUCCACAAAGCCUUUACAACAAUCGUCUAGUCCUGUCAAAAUCAAUUUAUAGGUUAGAUGCAGAAAUACGCCAAAACAAUGAUGAAGAUAAUACCCUGUGGAGGCUAUUACAGAGAUGCGGGAGUCUUCCCACUGAGCUGGUUGCUAUCAUAUGGGGACUCAUUGACCCUAGUCCUGUCCGGUGCUUGCUUGCACUAUGGGCUGCAGAUGGUUACUGGACAAAGAGCUCUUCUGCGCCAAAUAGUGGUAGUGUAUAUCUUGUUGGAAAUAUCUUCAUCUAUUUCACGCGCGUCUUAGACGGGACGUAUAUAUGCGGCAUUCGUCAAAGAGACAUACUAUAUGGACAUGAGAGCAAAAACUCUGUGGAAGUCUCUGCUCCGGUAUCCAUGGAAGGCUUGACAUUUAGUUUGGGACCUUAUGGGCUUCGGAGCAUACGAUUUCUUUCAGAUACUGGGACCCAUCACAAGAGUAUAGGAGGUGCAGCAACAAUGGAUACUGAGUUUAUCGGUGUUAUUUAUCCUCAACCAGGAGCGCCACUUCAGUUGAACAUUGAGUGGGAUGCUCUUAAGAUUGCGCGCAUCAGUUGCCCCAACAACUUGGAGUUCGGUCAUAAUUUUCUAUGGGAAACUCAGCUACCGUGGACUGAGAUAUACCCCCCUUCUGAGAGGUCAUUUUAUGAUUGGCCGCGACAUUGGGACUUCACAAUAAAUCCUCAAAGAUUUAUGGCGUAUAUCCCGUUACACAGAGAUGGAUUUCACCUAUAUGGCCUCACUGCGUUUUGCUCCAGCAAGGGUCUCAUUGGCUUGGGAACUCAUUUUCGCUCACGCUCACACUCGACCACGUCAUACUGGUAUGGGAACCAGAAGGGCUGCCUCGUCCAUGCCCAAUUUGGACCUUCCGAGACUGUGAGCUUGAUUUCCGUGUAUUGGCAUCCAUAUGAUCGACUUUCGAAACCUUACUUUGCAAUUACAACAAACAAGAAGAGGACCCUUUUUCUUGGACCAUGCUUUACGUCUGUUGAAGUUGGCUCGAAAAACAUAUAUGACGCAAGAGAUGGUGGCCUCAUGGGGCUAUACUAUGAUAAAUCUCUAGGCAUCAGUGGCUUCACUAGCUUGGGCACUGUUUGUCGUCGUCUACGCGAUUCCUCUGUGAAGCAAAUACCAGACCGUUCUAUACCACAAACGCCCCAACAUUCAAACACGAUGAAUCUGUCAAGCACGUCCAUUUUCGAGGGCUUCACCUCCAAAGCCUCACUAAUCAAUAUCCAAACACUGAAAGCCUGCUAUAUCGGACCUCGUUGUAAAGGCAUGCUUCUUAUAUACGAUGACGAUACCAGGUGCAUUUUAGGUCAAUGGUAUGAAGGUACAUCUUCCCAGCCUGAUGAUAUACGAGAGCUCUAUUUUGAGAGCAACGAUGUGCUCAGAUUCUAUUUUAUGCAAAACAACGGCAACCAAAUUCUCAACCGGAUUGAAACCUCGCCACAGGUUUCUUCUCCGGAGGAAAGUGAACUGUUUGUGGAUUUCAAAUAUGGGGAUGAUAUCAUUUGGCUUUUCUCAGAAUACACCGACACCAUUUUUGGUGGGUAGAAUUAUAAACACCUUGCUAUACCUGUCCGAAAUCCCGCUAGCAUAAGUGUGGAAGUCCCUGAACCUGAUAUCUCAUUUUUGUUCCAUUACAAUACGAUACUCACCGAAUAGACAUCCUUGGGAGGCAGAACAGAAAAAGACAAUAAUGUGGAGUAUGUAAGUAUCAGUAGGGAUUCUCCUCGAAUGAAAG